AUGUCGGCCCAAGAGCUCGUGGCCUGCCUCUGCCGGGAGGGAGACCGGCACCUGGCCCUGGGAGAGCCCCCGUUGGCCACCGCCUUCUACCUGGCUGCCUUCAGCUGCCACGCCCCCUCGGCCGUGCGGAGCGUCCGCGCUGCCCUGGCGGAGGCACGGGGGGCGCCGGUGGUGGCCACGCUCGAGGCCUGGUGCCGGGGCGACAGCCAGAUCCCGCCCAUCCACUGGGACGGUAUGGCGGUUGUGUCCCUCACGGGGACCCUGGCCUCCGCGUUCCUGGCCGCCCUCUGCCCGGACCACCCGGCCACGGUCCUGCACUCCCUGGCUGGCCUGCUGGCACACGGGCACCACGAGGAAGUGGUGCGGCGCUGCGGCAGCCUGCUGGAUGCCCACGGCCAGCAGGCCCUGGAGCUACAGCUGACCCGCGCCCUGGCCCGCGUCCUGUCCGGGCUGCAGGCGGGCGCGGGCGCGGUCGACUAUCUGCAGGCCUUUGCCUCGAACGCAGACCGGACCGUGGCCUUCGUUCGAACCCACCAGAAGCCCUACCUCCCCGUGCUGAUCGGCACCCUCCAGGACUACAUCUCAGGGCGCCGGGAGGCAGAGGACGGCACCGGCCUGCAGGAGACCGCCUGCCGGGGACUCCUGGCAGCCCUGGACCCCGGCGGCACCUGGAGCCACGCCCUGUCACCGGAAGCCCUGCUGCGCAGCGGCAGGUAUGAGGACUGCCGGGCAGCGUGCAGCCGGGCCCUGGAGUCUGACGUGGUGGGCAGCGGCCCCCAAGGUGAGCGUCUGGCCGCCCUGCUGGUCACCCGCGCGGCCGCGGCCUUAUUCCUGGACGGUGGGGCCCGGGACCUGCUUCGGGACCUGCACGAGGCCUUCCGCCAGAGCCCCUCGGGGGCGCGGAGGCAGUUCGAGGCGGUGCUCUCCGCUGGGGACCGAGAGCGCGUGCGGGCCCGGGCGCAGGAGGCGGCGGAUGUGGGCUUCGCCCACUUCCAGGAGGCCGUGCGGGGCCGCGUUGAGCUCCGCGAAAACUCGGGCCGCGAGCUGCUGGCCCCGGUGACCCGCGCGCUCCGUGUCCUGCUGCGCAUUGCGCCGCCCGGGGAGCGCCCGGCCCUGGGCGCUCGCUUGGCUGAGUGCCUCCUGCUGGCCGGGGACACGGCGGGCUCCCGGACGCUGUGCGAGCGCUGGCUGCGGCCUGCGCGCCCCGGGGACCGCGCGGACGGCGCCGGGGACCGAGCGCCCCUGUUGGCGCUGCGGGGCUUCUGCGCGCUGCACGCCGGCGACGCGCGGCGCGCCCGGGAGGACUUCCAGGAGGUGGUGGAGCACGGAACACCGCACCUGGGCAGCUGCGUGCGCGCGCUGUGCGGCCGAGGGCUGCUGCGCGUGCUGACGGGUAGCGCGUUCCUGGGCGCGCUGGACUAUGUCACCGCCAGCCGGCUGCAACCCGAGGAGGCCUUGCUCGUCGCCAAGGCCUACGUACCCUGGAACCAGCGGGGCCUGCUGCUGACCGUGCUGCGGGAGGAGGGCCGCAAGAUGCUGCAGCGGAGGCCAGACCCGGGACACAUGGGCGCACCGGGCCGCCGGAGGAAGGCCGCCGAGAUGCACAGCCCCGCCGCGCAGGAAGGCGAUGCCCACGGCGUGUACCAGCUGGCCAUGCUCCUCACGGAGCUGGACAGGGGAGACGAGGCUUCGGGCCUCCUGGGGGCCGAUGCCCUGUACCGCCUGGGCCGCCUGGACGACGCCCACAAGGCCCUGCUGGUGGCCCUCUCCCAGAGGCCCCGGGCGGCCCCCGUGCUGGCAAGACUGGCCUUGCUGCAGCUGAGGAGGGGAUUUUUCCAUGACGCCCACCAGCUGGUGAAGAAAGUGGUCCAGUCCGGGGACACGGCCUGCCUCCAGCCCACCCUGGACGUCUUCAGCCACGAGGACCGGCAGCUGCUGCGGGGUCACUGCCACGCUCGGGCCCUGGCCAUCCUGCGGGCCCGGCCCAGCGGGGCCGAGGGCGCGGCCCACACCAGGGAGGCCAUCGCCUACCUCUCUCUGGCCAUCUUCGCUGCAGGGAGUCAAGCAGUGGAGUCCCUGCUCAUCCGGGCCCACUGUUAUGGGCUCCUGGGCCAGAAGAAGACCGCCAUGUUUGAUUUCAAUUCAGUGCUGCGGGCUGAGCCGAAGAACGUGCAGGCUCUGUGCGGUCGGGCGCUUCUGGCCCUGGCCCUGGACCGGCAGAAGGAGGCCGUGGACGACAUCCUCUUGGCUCUGAAGCUUGAUGCGAGGACAGCGGUCCCUGAGAUCCGCUCUCUGAAGCCAGAGGCCCAGGCCCUUGUCACCCGGGGCCUCUCCUCCCGCUGCCGGGCCCUCCUGAGCCAGGCGUCGGACGCCGGGGCCCCCCUCAGCGACGAGGACGCCCAGGGCCUCAUUGCGGCCGGGGAGGCGCUGGUCGAAAUCGAUGGCGGGCAGCCGGGCUGGUACAUCCUGCUGGCGGACGUGCUCACGGCAGCGGGCAGCUACGAGGAGGCCGGCGCCUGCCUGCAGAAAGCCCCGAGGGCCACCCCCCCGUCGGCGGCGGCCCGGGCCCGGUGGGGCCUGCUCCAGCUCAAGAAGGGAGACGUGCCAGCCGCCGCGCGGGAUCUUCAGUGCCUGGCAGAGGCGGACGCCCAGGAACUCAGCUUCCUGCUGCAACUCCUAGAGGCCUCGGAGCGGCAGAGCCUCACCCAGGCUGCAGCCCGGGAAGCCCACGCCCUCCUGAACUCGGGGCAGCCGGGGCGAGCGCUGGGCUACUGCUCGCUGGCCGUCCUCGCGGGAGGCAGCGAUGCCCGUCACCUGCGCCUGAGGGCCACCUGUCUGGCUGAGCUGCAGGAGUUUGAGCGGGCACUUGAGGACCUGGACCGUGUGCUCCGGGAGGACGGGAGGGACGGUGGCCUCCCGACGCAGGUGGAGGACUUGUGCUCCCGGGGACGCCUGCUGCUGAGCCUGGGAGAUGAGGCCAGGGCCACGGGCGCCUUCACCCGGGCCCUCGAGCUGGCGCCCGCGCUGGCCCAGAGCAGCCUGUGGGAGCGGCCAGGCCGGGACCCCACUGCCCAAGUGUUCCUGCAUCAGGGCCAGGCCUUGAUGGAGGAGCAGCGCUAUGCAGAGGCCUGGACAGCCGCGGAGAAUGGCCUCCUGGUAGACCCCGAGCACGGUGGCCUGAAGAGGCUGAAGGCGAGGGUCCGGAGGGAGGCCUCCUUGGGCUGCCGGCUCCACUGACCCCGUGCUCUCCGGGCCCGGGCCACGGGUCGCCCUGUCGCCCCCCGCCUGGAGCUCCUGAGCAGCAGGAUACCGUGGGCCUCACCCAUGUAGGUCAGACUCAGCUGGGAAGUGAGAGUCUACAGUAUCACCACGUUUCAGGUUAGCGAGAAGACGUUCGCGAUAGCGUAUGGAUAGUAUUACGUCAUCGCAAGAUGACAAAGCUGGAAAGGGCAGGCCCCAAGGAGGUUACUAAGCAAUGAAAAGGAAACAAAGUACGUGUUCCAUUCAAGGAGUCAGAAAAAGACAGUAAAACAAGGGAAGUCAGGAGCUAGGAAUCAAGGACAAAAGCAGAAGUUAAUAAAUUAGGAACAGAAGGAUAGAAGAAUCAAUAAACCUAAAACACGGUUUCUCAAAAAUAAAGCAGGUGAACCAACAGCUAACUUAGUGGAGAAAGCCCAGGGUCCCUCCGCUGGGCCGUGCUGCUGCUGUCAACUCCAAAGGUCUUUAAGCUCGUUCAUGCCAAGAAAAAGAAAAGCUUUCAAGUUCAUCAUUGAAGAAAGCAUAAUCUCAACCCAAAGAACGCUACAAACCAAUUGAAUUACCAGUUCCAGAAUCCUAAAUGUCAUGCUCGGCUCGGCAGCACACGAACUGAAAUUGGAACGAGACAGAUUAGCGUGGCCCCUGCACGCACUUGUCUUGCAAAAAUCCUAAAUAUCAACAAGCCCAAGUCCAGCGGCGCGUUCACGCUUCACCUCGAGCAACGUACACGGCAAUACGAGGACGGUUCAAGGUGGGGGACGCUACGGUCUAUCGUAGUAACCGGGCUACGGGGACACAAGUCCCGCGGCCCUUCUUGGGGGCUGCAGGGGGCAGGGUGUAUGGUCACACUGGACAGAUCCUACGCCUUUGGAUUCCUUCUGUUGUACUCGGGAAGUCCUGGCAUCUCGUCUUCCUUCACUAGAGACCACGAGUGAGGGUUGCACUCAGCCACGGGGACUGGCAAAACCACCGGGCACACCGUCUCCAGCGUCUGUGGGGGGCGUGCCCACGGCCUUAGCGCCGACCCAGCCCAGAGCUGUGUUCCCUCCGCCGUGGCCUAACACCCUCAGACUCCGUUCCCACACAGAAGUCCCAGGGUCCCCUGUGUGAAUUAGCGCAAUCUUGCGAUUACCGGGGCGCAUAUGCUAUUUCCUCCAGGAUUAGACAUUGUACCCGCCCCCUCCCCCAGGAUGCUGAGAUCAGAACCCAUUUAUGGGUCUAGAGUCCCUGGGUGAGGGAGGGGGUCAUGGAGGUUGAAGAGAAUGAGCAUCCUUCUUUCUGGGCCCCUGACCCCCAUGAGGCUCUCAGGGUUGAUGAUGAAAACAAGGCUCGUCUCCUCCCACACGAAGAUGGGCUGCACCCCUGGAAAAGGGCUCGGGGACUUGGGGUUCAAAGUUCUCAGCUUCAUCUGAGCCCCCUUCCUACUUCCAGGGUCGCAUCCCUUCGCAAUCAGCGCCCCGAUUUCUCACAAGAAAGUUGACGUGUCUGUAAAUGCGACCAACUUUGUAAUUACACGGCUCACAGGAUUACCUGUCACGUUUGACAUUUAGCAGCAUGGCCCGUGCUCGUAACCGGGUCCUCUCAGGGCCGCCAUGGAGCCCCCUGACUCCCGGGCUAUGACCUGAGCUGGUCAUUUUCUUCCUGUGUGUGCUCCAGGACACUCAGGAGAGCCCACCCCCUGCCACAGUCCCUGCGGCCACCAUCACUGCAAGAACGGCCACGCGCCACAGCGCCUGGGCUCCCACGCCCCCUGAUUCAGUGGGUGCGUCACAACCACCACGGUGACCGCUCCAUCACCAUCAGUCGUGAAGCCCCUGCACACCGCAAGUCUCCCUUCCCGACGAGCCUGGCCGUGCAGACAGGCCCAAGGACACGACCGAGCCAGGCCCCAGAUCCGUCUUUGUGGGUCUGGUGGCAGGGACCACUCGUGGUACCAAUUUACGUAUCGGUCAGGGUCCACUCGAGACGGAAACCACACCCGUGAUCGCAAUGGCGAGGGUUUAAUAUAAAGAAUCGCUAAUUAGCUAAGAAGGUGGCAGUUAUGUAACGGGCAGAACCCUAGGGACCGUGGAAGCGGCAACCACAGAGUUCAAGACGGACGAGCAGCCUCUCCGAACAGGCUGCCGUCCGUCACCCACAACCCUCCGCUGGGUGACCGAGCUCCCCUGAGCGUGCCCCGUGCCCCGUGUGCUAUUUGCCGACCACACCUCUGCGCCUGGCACGGACCAUCCGUUCUCUCAGACUCUGUGACGGCUCUUCUAGGUGAGGGGACUGGCUUGGUGGCUCAGUGACAAAGACCAGGGGCAGUCAGACGUCGGCCCCUUCCCUCCUGUGCGGGGGACCCAAGGCCCGUUGUCAGGA